AAUAACACACCACAUCAAAUACUCUCAAAGAUCCAAGAUGGCAACUCUACAAGAGAAACCUUCCUCCAAUUCUUUCAAAUGGUUUUCCACCAAAACUUUAAAGUUAAACCUUAGUUUCCAAAACCGACGAGGAUCACCAAAAUCUAAUUCCUCGUCAACCUUAAACUCCCCAAGAAGCAACACUGAUGACAACAACAACAACAACACAAAAAGUCACCACGCCUCCAAUGAAGAGCUCCGUCGAGUCUUCAGCCAUUUUGACAGCGACGGUGACGGUAAGAUCUCAGCCUUUGAGCUCAGACAUUACUUCGGCUCUGUCGGUGAGUAUAUAUCUCACGAGGCAGCUCAAGAGGCGAUAAACGAAGUCGACACUGACUCAGACGGGUCUUUAGGGUUUGAGGACUUCGUUGGAUUGAUGACAAGAAGAGAUCUUGACGGUAACAACGGUGAUGGUGAUGGCGGCGGAGAGUUGAAGACGGCGUUUGAGAUGUUCGAGGUGGAAAAAGGAUCAGGUUGCAUAACACCAAAGGGUUUGCAAAAGAUGCUUGCAAAGUUGGGAGAAUCAAGAACGCACGGAGAGUGUGAAGCUAUGAUAAAGUUUUACGAUAUUGAUGGUAAUGGAGUUCUUGAUUUUCAUGAGUUUCGUCAAAUGAUGACGGUUUAGUUUAAUUAAUUUUUUCUUUACGUAAUUACCCUACUACAUGCUCGAAAAAUGUUUAUGGAGUGUGUAUGCGUGUGUGUGUGAUCAGUUUGAAUAUAGGGAUUAUGUUUGAAGUGAAAUUAUUGAAUUGUGGUGAAGUUUAGUUGUGUUGGAGUGAUUUUAUGAAUGAAGAAUAUUUAAGCUU